AGUGUCUCUUUUUUGCGCAUGCGCAAUCAUUUUAGUCGAAAUAUCGAACCGGAAAUCUGACAUAUAGGGAUCUAUAUCAAAAUUAAGGCUAUAUUAAUACCUCCUUUUUGGUAUUAAGUCUUUCCCUGAAUCGCCUAAAUCAUGUCGUAUCCACCCCGACCUCCGAUGACUGUAGGAAUGGUGCCACAAACCUAUUAUCAACCACCACCUAUGAGCAUGGUAGGAGUAGGUAUGGUAUCAAUGCCGGUCGUUACUGCUCCACCUGUACCGGCCCAGCAAAACAACGAGAAACCUCGAUUGGUACCUCAAGACAUAACAAGUGAAGGAGAAAAGCCGCCUGUAACAACAUGUUUCGUUGGAAAUAUCUGUGAGAAGGCUCCGGAUACCAUGAUAAGACAAAUGUUAUCUUGUUGUGGCAAUGUUCUGAACUGGAAAAGAGUACAAGGAGCUUCUGGCAAACUGCAAGCAUUUGGAUUCUGUGAAUUCGAAAAACCAGAAUCAACAUUGAGGUGUAUGCGUUUGUUAAAUAAGUGGCAAAUUGGGGAUAAGCAACUAGUUGUCAAAGUCGAUACCAAAACAAAGGAAUUGCUUGACAAAUAUACAAUUUCUAAGCCGGGAACUGGUCUGGGUAAAAAAGAGGAUGGCGAAUUAAAAGAAGAUAUAGAGGAGGCGUUAAAUGAAAUGACGAAAAAAGAAGAUCGAGUUGCUAGAGCCGGACUAACUGCUGUAAUGAAAGAAUACGAAAAAGACUUAACAAAAGAAGCAGAUGAUCCUCAAAAUGAAAUCAAACAGAUAAGAGCAAAAGAUACGAGUUUAAAUGGUAUUGAUAUAGAAGACGAAAAGAAAGACAUUAUUGAUUCAGAAAUAAACAAAUUCCGCGAAAAGCACAAGGAUGCAGAUGAAGUUGAAAGAGAUAAAGAACGUGAUUAUGCAAGAGAGUUGCGUAAACGAAGGGAGGUUGAGGCCGAAAAACGUGAGAGAGAUAAGGAGAGGGAGCGAGAUCGGGUUCGAGAUGAUAGGGAUCGCGAUCGAACAAAAGGAAGAGAUCGCGAUAAGAAUGACUACCGAGCGAAGGAUCGGAAAGAUCACAAGUCUCCAGAUUUUUCUGAUGAUGAAGAAGAAGCUUCGUAUGAACGAAAAAGAACCGAGAGAAAGUUGAAACAAAAAGAAACCGCUUAUCAGGAAAGAUUGAAAACUUGGGAAAAGAGGGAAAGGAUGAAGUCUCGCGAAUAUUCUAAGGAUGAAGAAAAGGAAAACGAACGACUAACAAUUGAAAAGAAAGAAGCUAAGAGACUAAGGCAGUUUUUGGAAGAUUAUAACGAUGAGAGGGACGAUGGAAAAUAUUACAAAGAUAACGCUUUGACGAAGCGCCUUCGAGAGCGAGAAAGAGAAAUGGAGAGUGACGCGAGAGAUAGAAAUAAGGAAAGGCAUGAAUUAGAAGAAAUUCGAAAGCAGAUGGAAAAGGAUGGUCAUCCUGAUGUCGAUAGAGAAAUGGCGAAAAUUGAACAGGAGAGAGAUCAACACUUACUUCCAAGGUUGGGUCAACCUAUCCAUUCGUUUAACUUAGAUCAACCAUCACCUGAUUCGAACAUGAGAUCGUCUAGUCCUCCAAAUUCACCUCGACCUGAAGUGAAUGAUCGUUUACCACCUCAAUCAGAGGUUAAAAAAUUGGGCUUUAGCGCCAUAAAAUUAUCAAAUAACAGUUCAGACACCACAACACCUCCUCAACAACAGCCAACUAAGAAAAAGUUGGUCGAUACAGUUUUCAAUCAAGAUGACGACGACGAUGAAGCAGCAGCUGCUAAGAGGAGAAAAUUAGUGCCAAUCGAUUACGGCGAUGUUCCUGGCCCCAACGAUGCCCUCAAUAAGGCUCCAAAUAGUGCUGAAGAAAAGCGAAAACUAAUAAAAAAACUUAUCGAUUCUAUUCCGACAGAGAAAAGUGCAGCUUUCGCAUAUUCAUUGAAUUGGGCAAUGGUUGAUGCUUCUCUAAUGGACAAACGUAUACGACCUUGGGUUGAUAAGAAAAUAGUUGAAUACAUAGGUGAAGAAGAGCCUACCUUAACGGAUUUUAUUUGCCAGAAAGUAAUGGCUAGAUGCACACCUGAUAGUAUACUAAAGGAUGUCGAGAUGGUACUUGACGAGGAAGCUGAAGUGUUCGUCGUUAAAAUGUGGAGGUUGUUGAUAUAUGAAACAGAAGCGAAAAGACAAGGACUUGUAAAGUAA